GCAAGAUGUCUGUGAGUAUAAAAUCGUUCAAAGAUUGGUGCCCGCGUUUCUUAUUGAAACUUCCUCUUGACUUCUCGUUCAUUAGUAAUUAUACCAUUUGACAAUCAAUAUAAAACCAUAAUUACGAUUUGCGUUGGGUUGCCCAAACCGAGACCCAACAUGGAGGCCAAGUUACGCGAGCUCAAGGAGACGUUUCCCGGCCGCGAAAGUCAAAUAGAUCAGCUUUAUAGCUUCUUCGGCUACAAAGAUGAGCCAUUUCCACCGUCGGUCUACAUUUACGGUGGUCCGAGUACGGGAAAAUCCACAGUCGUAACCGCUCUGCUUCACUGUCUGGAAAUCAGAUACGCAGUCGUCAACAUGGUGGAAUGCUACAAUCCCAGGAUUCUCUUCGAGAGUAUAUUAAACCAACUGUCUGGACACGAAAUCGAUCCUAAGAUCGGAACGCCGUACGCCAGGUGCGACAACUUUAUGGAUUUUUGCAAUCAUCUACAAACGAUAGGCGAUAAUAUCGACUUGAGCGAGUCGGUUGUGUUGAUCGACAAGGCUGAAGAGUUGAGGUCGAUGGAGCAAUUGUUACCAGCGUUUUUACGCUUCGACGAACUCACAGAUAUACCGAUUACCGUGAUUUUUUUAUCCGAUAUCGUCUUCGAGAAGUAUUAUUAUAAACUGAACGUUGUCGAACCUAUUAAGAUGCACUUCCCUCAAUACUCCAAAGAGGAACUGUCGACCAUUCUCGCGAUGGAUUUCGAUUACGUGCGGACGCUGAUAGAUAACGAAUUCGAGUUCGGCCCGGAUUUCUAUCGAAACUAUUUGAACGUGUUCCUAUCGGUUUUCUACAGGGUUUGUCGGGACUUAUCUGAGCUCCGACACAUGUCGAGGAUUAAUUUCGUGAAAUACUGCGAGCCCGUCAUUAAUAAACGCCACAAGCCCGAAGACGUGAUGGCUUUGUGGAGGCACAUUUCUCCUAUAUUAAAGAACUCAUUGGAGGUUCUAUAUUUACGAGUUUCGUCCAAUUCCGAAACUAAGCUCUUAACGAGCGUAGCACACAAUAUCGAGCUGCCGUUUUACGCCAAAUACUUACUGAUCGCUGCAUAUUUGGCGAGCUACAACCCUACCAAGGACGAUAAACGGCUGUUUAUGAAAUUACACGGCAAAAAGGUAAAAACCAAAACAGACGUCAAAAAGAAGAGUAAAGUGUCGGAGCAAUUGAACACCCAGAUGGGGCCGAAACCAUUUACUUUCGACAGACUGCUGGCCAUAUUCUACUCUAUUUUGGAUGACAAAGUUGGAUUCAAUAAUCAUAUCCUCGUCCAGAUAUCGAGUUUGGUGCGUUUGCAGUUGCUUUCGCAAGUGUCCGACACUUACGCGUUGGAUGGCCGCAAAUACAAAUGUAACGUUAAUUUCGAGUGUAUCCAAAGCGUUGCCAAGAUGGUAGGGUUUAAUAUUAGGAAAUAUCUCAGCGAUUUCAGUCAUAUGUAGUUUCAUGCUAAAGUCAUUGUCACAAAAUUGUGCCACUUGUCAAAUCUAGAGUUUUUUUAUAAAUAUCCUUGUGAAUAAUACAAAGUAUGCGUCUGUAUAGGAAAUUGUAAAAUGUAUUUUCUUAUCCAACUAUGACAUUGCUUAUGAACUAAAUAUCGAAAUGAAAAUGAAAUAAUAUUAAUGUAAUUCAAUGACAGUCAAUAGUUUAACAAUUAUUAUAUUUUAAAUACUCAUUGAAAUUAUAAAUGGGGGCAUAGUAACUAGGCAACAAGUUUUUUAAACGACAGUUUAAACAUGAACAAAGCAAGUGUUAAAUAACCGAGCAUCUUGAGAAUUUUCGCAGGCUGUGGAAUUUGUAGGUACCAUCUUUCAUUAUAUCUUGCUUAUUCAGAGCGCUGUCUGAUACAGAAAACCCAGCCGCAGAAACGUCAGCAGGGUAUUGACCCUGCUGACGUUUCUGCGUAUUGACCCGACUCAGGAGCAAUCCAGAAGAACAUUUGAAAGUGGCACUUUGGGCACGCCUGAAAAUAAAUGUGUCUUUUACCUAUAUUUCAGGUCAUCAUUAACCGCUGUACCAAAAUUUCGAUCAAUUGUGAGCAUAUGUUAUCUCUCCCUUGACUUGCUUGCAAUGAAUAACUAAUUAAGAGAGGUCGUUAUUAUUUGUAAAAUAUGAAUAAAUGUUAAUAGAGUAUUAAAACAUACAAAAAAAAGUCUUUCAUUCCCACAUUUAUCUUAUGUUACAUUUU